CUAGUAUAUAGACGUACAGCAAAAUAACAUAGGGGCUGUCUCGACGCGCAGGCCGGCUGACCGCAGUCUCUCAGUGUUGUCGUCACUGAGGUCAGGUAUACGGGAGUAGACGGAGUGAAGAUGGCGACCGCCUACGAGAGAUACAAUUUACACACUACUCCAGAGAGGUUCUUCAUCGAGGCCUGUGAUGAAGGGGCUGAUGCUGUGCUAGUGAUCGACAGGGUCUCAAAUGAGAUGACCCUCACAGUUAAAAAAGAUGUUCCUCCCUCAGCUGUCACCAGGCCUAUAUGUGGCAUCAUGGGAACCAUCCGCCUAGUAGCAGGGAUGUACCUGAUUGUCAUCACCAGGAAGAGGAAUGUCGGCAGUCUCCUGGGCCAUGCUGUGUGGAAAGCCGUCGAUUUUGACAUAAUCUCUUAUAAAAAGACAGUGCUGCAUCUUUCAGAGAUCCAGUCUCAGGAGAAUAAGACUUUCCUGUCCAUGAUUAACAAUGUGCUGACUACAGAUGGCUUCUACUUCUGCACUGACUAUGACCUGACACACACUCUGCAGCGGCUGGCCAACACCAGCCCUGACUUCCAGGAGAUGAGUCUGCUGGAGAGGGCAGAUCAGAGGUUUGUGUGGAAUGGGAACCUCCUGAGAGAACUGGCUGCACAACCUGAGCUUCACAAGUUUGCACUUCCUGUUGUCCAUGGAUUCAUCAUUAUGAAGCCAUGCCGUAUAAAUGGAAAAAUCUUUGAGUGGAUUCUCAUAUCCAGAAGAAGCUGUUUCCGGGCUGGCGUCAGAUACUACGUUAGAGGCAUUGACUCUGAAGGCCAUGCUGCUAACUUUGUGGAGACUGAGCAGUUAGUUUUGUAUGAGGGAGCAAAGGCUUCAUUUGUACAGACACGAGGCUCCAUGCCCUUUUACUGGAGUCAGAGGCCCAACCUGAAAUACAAACCUAAGCCUAUAAUCAGCAAAACCACAGAUCAUAUGGAUGGCUUCCAGAGGCAUUUCGACUCUCAGCUCCUCAUCUAUGGGAAGCAAACUAUUCUGAACCUGGUGAAUCAAAAGGGUUCAGAGAAGCCUCUGGAACAGGCCUUUGCCAAGAUGGUGUCAGGCAUGAACAGUGGUAUGCUAAACUACAUAGCCUUUGAUUUCCACAAAGAGUGCAGCCACAUGAGAUGGGAGCGUCUGCAGAUCUUGGUGGAUGCUGUUGCUGAGACACAAGAUGAAUACAGUUACUUCAUGGUGAACUCAGAGGGGAAGACGGUGGCCCAGCAGAGAGGAGUCUUCCGCAGUAACUGCAUGGACUGCCUAGACAGGACCAAUGUGAUCCAGAGCCUCCUGGCCCGACGCUCCCUACAGUCUCAGCUUCAGAGGAUUGGUGUUCUGAAUGUGGGCCAGAGGAUUGAGGAGCAGGCUGAGUUUGAAAAGAUCUACAAGAAUGCAUGGGCUGACAAUGCCAAUGCAUGCGCUAUACAGUAUGCCGGAACUGGAGCCUUGAAAACUGACUUCACAAGGACAGGGAAAAGGACCAGGUGGGGGCUACUGAUGGAUGGUUGGAACUCCAUGAUUCGUUACUACAAAAACAACUUCUCUGAUGGAUUCAGACAGGACUCCAUUGACCUGUUUCUGGGUAACUUUGCUGUUGAUGAGUCAAAUGGACCAACUCCCCUUCGCAUGCAGAAGGACUGGAAGUUCCUCACAUUGCCCAUCAUUAUGUUGGUGGCGUUUUCCAUGUGCAUCGUCUGUCUUCUCAUGGCUGGCGACACAUGGACAGAGACCCUGGCUUACGUGAUGUUCUGGGGGGCUGCGAGUGCCAUUACAGCCACUAUCAUCCUGUUCAAUGGUCAGGACUUUGUGGAUGCCCCCAAACUGGUUCACAAGGAGAAGAUGGACUGAUUUGACUUGGUCUGGUUCACAAGGAGAAGACGGACUGAGGGCUUUUGUUUGUGUGUGUGUGUGUGUGUGUGUGUGUGUGUGUGUAUGAGAGAGAGAGAGAGAGAGAGAGAGAAAAUUGAAGUGAGGAGUAGAUCUGCUGCCCUAUUAAACACAGUUUAUCAUUUGUCUUCA